AUCGGAUCAAUUCUAUUGUACAUAAUAAACGGAGUAAAUUUUAUAAUAAUUUUACAAUUUUAUUAAAACAGUAAAAAUAAAACUAUCUCACAAUCUCACCGUUAAACAGCAAGAGAUAAGAAAAUAAGGAAAGAUGAAUCAAAAUAGACAGAAAAAUAAAGGGUUUCGAACCAACAAUCAAAAUAAUGUGAAGAAAGUAAGAUUUGAUACAAGUCAACAGUGGCGUUUAUCGCGAAGACAAAUCCAAGCUAAUAAUGCCCCAAAUCGUAAAGCGAUACAAAACAAUUUAAAAAUGAUUAAAAGCGGGACAACACCUUUAAAACGAGCGCAAGCUGCAUAUUAUGGAGGAAAUAAAAAUCGGAGUCCGUUGGUUGUGCAACCAACGCGACCGGUGAAACGUGCCACUGUCACACAAGAUUCCAAUAAAUUACCCGUUCAUGCACGAUUAGGUACCAAGUCGAAUGUAAAUGGUGUCGCUUCAACUGGAAGAAUUAACAAAAAAUUACCACUAAAAUCAACUGGAAUCGUUACCAAAAAUCCAAGCAAUUCAGCAGUUCAGCAACUUAUAGCGCAAAAGCGGGCACUGCGGCUAAAAACAAUACAGCAGCAAAAAAAAUUGAAACAAAUAGAAGAGACAUUAAAACGAAAAAGUGGUGUACUUAAUACUGGCACAUUACGUAGUGAUCAAUUACUAAGGAAACACAAUAGGAAUAAUGUUACAAUUAAAAAUAGAAUUCGUCAAAAUUUAGGAACAAAUAGCUCAGCAGCUGCGGCAGCCGAUUUAAGCGUUAGUGUGGCUAACGAUUUUGCCUUACAACGCCAACUUUUAAAUAAUGAUGUUGCUGGUGGUUUUACCAAUAGAGUAAAUAGGAGGAAUUUAAAUCGGCCAGCACUUCGCAGUAACGAGGUCGAUCCUGUAAUACAACGAGAAAUUUCACUUAUACAAGAACGUAGCCGACGUGCAAAAAUGGAUCCAUCAUUAUUUUCGCCACCAUUAACAAAUAUAAAUUCAACUGCACCAGCGUUAGCGCCUGUCUUAAUACAACACGAAAACCCAUUAACACAAUUAGGAGGAAUAACUACUUCUCUAGUACCGAAUGAUACUAAUAGACCUAAGUUGUCAUUACAUGAACGUUUCAGUCUCUUGUAAAACAAAAUAUAUUACAGAAGCCAAAAUAUGAUUACAUUUAUUUUUAU